GUGAGUGUGUGAGUGUCCGCUGAUGGUGUGCUGCUCCCGGUGAAAAACACCGACCACCCCGGCCGUACGAUAAUGCCCCACCGCCGCGUGUAACCGGCCGAAGUGCGUCAGGUCUCCAGGCAGGGCUUCUUUUUUUUUUUUUUUUUUUUUUUUUUUUUCCUAAAGGAGAAAAAGACGAGCAGGAUGUUGCAAGUUUUAGCUUGUGGCGCCGUAGUUUUCCCCGGUCUCUUCUUCGCCUUCAGGAGGAUCCUGCCGUGUGUGUUCAAGCACUGGAGCGAUGCCGACGUGGUGCUGGUCAGCGAGAGACUGGUGUCCUCCAUCCAUGCUGCCAUGGCAACAACAGCAGGAGUCGUGGUGGUGUCAUCAUGCCAGGGCAACGUCAUUACCGACAGGCACUGGCUGGCUACCCACUUUGUCAUCUGGUACGGCGUCCCGUACAUGACGUACGACAUCUUCGCAAUGUACCUCAGUCAUUACUACCGGUUCCGCGUCAAAGGACACGAGGACUACAAGCAGCAUUCGCUGAGGACCGUAAACUCCUUCGUCCGCAGAGAGUUCCUGCUGGUGCUGCAUCACAUCGCGCUGCUCACCAUCCUGCUGCCUGUCACCCUGUUCUUCAGAAAGGACCAGGGGGACUUCUUCAUCGGCUGCUUGUUUCUAACGGAGCUGAGCACACCCUUCGUCUCCCUGGGGAAGAUACUUAUUCAGCUCAGCCUCCAGGACUGCUGGCUGCACAAGGCCAACGGCGGCAUGGUACUGUUCACCUUUUUCAUGUGCCGCAUCGCCCUCUUCCCCUUCAUGUACUGGAUGUACGGCCGCCACUACGGCAUCCCGCUGUACAGCGUCCCCUUCCACCUGCCGCUGUCCACCAACCUGGGCAACUCCUGCAUCCUGGCGCCGCAGGUCUACUGGUUCGUCCUGCUCUGCCGGAAGGGCUACCGCCUGUACCAGCGCAGCCGCAGGCCGGCGGCGGCGGCGGCGCCCGCCCUCUCCGACAGCGCCAAGGACGAUUGAUGUCCGGCCUGCCACCGCCCGCUCAAGCCGCACACUCCGCUACUAACGCAGUUCAACCCCACCAUCUGUACUGUAGGACACCAGGACUGCCUGCUCUCCUCUCACCUCCCCCUCCCUCCCCGACACUCGCCUCCCCGGACCUCCUCACCACCGAUCUGAUUCUACUACUGACGUUUUGGAGAUUGGGGUGUUUUUUUUUUUUUUUUUUUUUUUUGGGAUUUGACUCUUGCCUGGAUCUUGCUGAAGUGCUACACUGUCUGACUGGAGGAAGGUCACGCUCUCCUCACCGCGAGUGAAAUAAACCAGAAACUAAAGGGGAGCUUCCGAGGAGAGACUUUAUCUUAUCUCUUACUCCUACUGAGUUUACAGCUGCUGCUGAGUGGGACCGUCUGUUACAGCCUGCGUGAGUGAACCUCACCGAAGGUCGUAUUUAAUUCUCUGGGGUUGUUUUUUUUUUUUUUUCCUUUUCUUCUAUAAGAGUGAUGUAUCACUGCGCUGCUUAUCCUCUCCUAUCCAUGCAUUUCUCACAGAAGGAUCAAGGUCUGUGGUGGGUGGGAUGCAUAUUCAGGCAGUAUUAGCGGGAUAGCGAUGCGAGUCUCACAGGUCACCUCAUCCACUGUAAAAGAAAACGGCUACCUUGUUCACGCUCUGUUAAUGCGAUAGCCUCUCAUCAUUUAUCUCUCUUACAGCAUGGCAUCAGUUACAAAAACGAGCUAUUAAUCCCGAUUAAUUUUAUUGGGGUUUCCUUUUUUUUUUUUGUUUUAGCUUUUAGAUCAUUUCAGGAUUUCAUUUUGACCUCAUCAUCAAUGUCUCCUUCCUACAGUCCAUUACUUAUUUUGCAAAUUUAGACUCACCUUCAGUAAUACACCAACCGAAAGUCCCUUAAAGUUUGAAUAAUAAUAACAUGAAGCCAUAAUUUUACUUAAAACAAAUCACCCUCUUCAGAGAAAUACAAUGUAUUUCUUAUACUUAAACCUGAAGGAGCCACAAGGUUGAUUUUUGAUGUCUUAGAGUGUAUAUAUCUGUACAUAAUGAGGGUUUGUUAAAUGUUUUGAUCAUAUUGGAGGGUUGCAGCUGACAGGGCUGGUGGAUGACUCUGAGGGUCUGAUGUGAUUUGGGGGGGGGGGGUUACAAUAACACAGCAUCGUCCUGUGAGGGUUAAAGGUUGGGUAGUUUGAACCUCAUUUUCAGGUCAGGGCGACGGAGAGGGAACGUUCUGAGCAGUCAGCCACAUUAAAACUGAAGUGGUGAGGAGAUACUGAGAAUAAUCCUAACGUCUAUUUACACAUUAUUUUUGGAGAUUUUUAUGCAAUCGUGGAUCAGGUGGUGCAGUGAGCACUUAACACACAGGGCUGUAUAUAACGAGCAUUUUUAGAGAAUUGCGUAACGUUUCAGUUUCAUGAAGAAAAAAAACUACUUUUAGAUGCUAAAGCUGCAGCGUGUGCUGAUGCUAUGAUUAUGACAGAUUUUUAUUGGUAUAUGAAAGAAAAUUAGCAUCUCACACUUCAUUUUUUUAAAAGUCAUUCAUGAUUAUUCCUCCACUUUAGAACCUGAAGUUAAUGUGUAAUAAUAUAUCUCUAUUUUUUAUUUUAAUGCCAUUAUUUGGACUUUUUUUUUUUUUUUUUUUUUUUUAAUUUUACUAGAGAAAAGUUGUAUAAAUAGGUGGGGGAAUUGAGCCGGGGGUCAAACUGUGGACUCGCUGCGCAUUAAUCCACCCCUAAUGUAUCAGAUUUGUCCCUAUGAUGAGUUUUUAAACACUUAGGCUUAAAAGUAAUUAUUUAAAUAACCCAAUAAUGGCCUUUUUGUGUCCUUUAAAUUUAAACUAUGCAAAAAAUAAAAAAAAUCUGCGGUGCAUGUUUACCGAUUCCUAAUCAAGUGAUCCACACUUUAUUAUUACAAUUUCUACUCCUAAUCAUUGUUUAGUUGUUUGCGUCUCUCAAAAGUCCCCCUUACUGAUGACUCUUUCAAGAAAAAAAGCUCAUGCGAUGGACGUUUACACUCACUGGUGCUGUCACUGUAGAAUAUGAUGCACUGCGACAUGCAAACAAUAAUGUUAUCGCAUUUAUUUUCAUGGUAACACGAAUGCUAAAAAAAAAAAAACAAAUUCUAAAAGGUUGCGCACAGCAUAAAUGUUUAGACUUUCGUUUUAAAUUUCAAAAUGUUGAACCUCUGAGAAACAUUUGUGUCGUGAUCGCUUUCUUUCUCACUUUCAUUGAAAUGGGAACUAUCGAAAAUGGUGAAAAACAGCGAAGUCAAGCACAAUAUCUUAUCUCCAGGUGAAGUCAGAGGUUUGAAUCCAGUUAAAGUCAGGUUUAUUUAAAUCUUCCAGCACUGUUCACACACACAAAAAAAAACCAAAAACAGCAAUUCCAAAAGUUACAGAAACUGCUGCUUUUUGUCUUUUGUCCACUGGAGGCUUCUGCGCUUAUCUCAGAAUAAUGACAUAAUAAAAGUGAGUAUAGAAAUAACAUUAACCCUCUGUACCUUAUAGUCAAAUAAAAAUUCUUAAAUUUUAAUUUUUUAUUGACAUAAGGUGAAACCUCUCUUUAAAAUGUUAUUUUUACACAUAAUAUAAGAUUUUCUAUCUAUAAAUGUAACUUUCCCUUACUGCAGCUGUUGUGUUUCAUAUUAAAAACAUAAUUCCAUAUCUACCUGCAUAUUGAUCCAGUAUACUUAAAAAAAAAAAAAAAAAAAAAAAAAAAAGGUGGCUAAAAUAAAGAAUUUAUCUACAUUGAAAACAAAUAGUGCCCUUUUUCAAAAUAUGUUCCAAACGAAAGUUUCUCAAUGAGCAGGAGGCCAAGGGGUGAAUGUGGACACUUCCAUAGACUUCAUGGUUUUGUUUCUUGGAACAGUUUCGCUGGUUGAAAUGAAAGGAAGCUGCAUGCGUCCCCCAGAGCAGAAAUAAUUGUGACUCCUCUGAUUUAAAGGGUUCGAAGUGGAAGUUGCUGAGCGCGGUGGUCGGUCAGCGGCGUGUUUGCUGACCAGCAGCGUGGGGUGGUGGCAGAAGGGGGGGUGUCGGGGGCUCCCACUGCCCGCCGGCUGAAUGAUGGGCCUGUUUGUCUGUUCUUGGCUGCAGCCCAGCCAGCGCAGGCCUCUUUUUGUCCACUGUUACUGGAAACAUCCCACUCUCUUUUGUCCUGCGUUUCUGCGUUUCUCUCGGCCGAGUGAACACACUCUCACUCUCUCUGUGACGCCUCCAAUAACUCCACCUUCAGCGUUUGGAUUAGAAGAAAAACCCCGAUACAUAUCGUUUAUCAACCGUUUCUGCUCUGCUGGCCGCCAUCAUCUCCGUAUCUCUGCAGCUUCCCUCAGCUGAACUCACCAGAGGUUUAGUCAUUCAAAAAAUAGAUCAUACUAAAUGUAUGGUGCUAUUAUAGGAGCAAAGUGUCUGCACGCAUUAUAUCAUACAUUUCUCCUAAUUGUAAUAUCGACUUGCCAAUACGCAUAUCACAAAACACUGAACUGCAAUGCAGCCUGUUUCAAUACAUCUGAAAAAAACAAAUGACAACAAAUAUGCUGGCAUUCCUGAGUACUAAUUGAUAAUAAUUGUAAUUAACUGUAAUCAAAACAUUUUUCUAGACAGACAGCCUUAUGUAUUUACUGCUUCGUGGCCACUGCAGCAGCAGCAUCAAGAAAUAUUGCAGAAAUCAAAGUCAACAAGCGAUCCUGCUGAAUUGUCUGUAUUGAUCACAUAUCAUGUAAUCACAGUACUCGGCAACAUUAUCGAAUAUCACAUAUUCACCCAGUGCUAUGCAGCCUUGAUGUGUGCAGUGAUGGUUUUAUAUUUGACAAAUCAUGUCACCACAAGUCAUUUUACUUCUAUAAUAGCUCCAUAAAGUGAAAAUGCCUUUAGGAACAGUGUCCCCACAAAAUAUAUGAACAGCAUCAUGACACAAAGCUUCACGGCGGUUCAACAUCCCAGAGUCACAUUAUUUUUGAUGAAUUUUCAGAAAUUUCCACUUCUGAUGUUUCGUGAAAACACACACAAAAAGUCCUGAAGGAUCUACAAUGUUAAAUGUAGUGGUUGGCGCCAUAUAUACAUAUAUUUAAAGCAUGAAUACAGAAAAUACAACAUUCCACUGCUUCAUUGACCCUGAAGCCAUGGUGCAUGCCCACAGCUCAAAUGGAAUCCAUCGCCUUGCAAUAUGAAGCCAAUCCCGAGUGAAUUUAAAAGAAGAUCUGCAGAGUUUGCUCCGCGCACAGCCAUCGGACCAGAAGCCACAGCAGUUUGAUCGCUGUCCGGGCGGAUCACUGCCACGCAGCCGAGAGUCCCUCAAACAGAACGAGCAGUUUCUGCACGUCACUCUGAGAAAAAAAUAGAUAAACAGAUAGGAAAAAAAGAAGUUCAUCCUCUUUGCUCAGGGUUUGAUGAAGUGGAUGAAAAGACGUGUGGUUGAUUGUAGGAUGAUUGAGGCGGAUUCUGCAGAUGGUAUGCUGUUUCUUUUCUAUAUAUAAAUAUGAAUAUAUAUUUUAAAGGAGGUUGUUUUACCUGAUAGAUUUGACUUCUAUUUAUGCUUCCUGACACGGCUUGUGAUACUUCAACUUGUGAGGGUUGGUAAACCAAAGACUGUCAGGCACUUUAGUUCAUCACGGUAACUGUAGUAAUGUGAAUUUAUUGCUUUUUGUUUUGUUUUGUUUUCUUCCUCAUGCUGGUUUGUCUGAUUUGUCUUGAUGGCUGAGUUGUCCAUUUCUCGCCCUGCAGUCUUAUCCUCUCUCUGGGUCUUACAGGGUGACCAGUGCUGGGAAGUACGGGAGGAAAUCCACACUUAUCCUUCUGUUCCCACUUCCUGUACACACUAAGGCUAGCACACUGGCUGUGCAGCUUCAUCACUCAUCAUCUUAUCAUUCUUGACUACAUUAAACACUAAUAUCGUGUGAUUCUCUGACCUUGUUUUUGUACAUAUGGGCAUUUCGUUUGUGGCGCCGACCCUCGACAACGAGCCCCUUCACGAUGUCGGGCGAUAUUGAACAGUUGCUUGAGUGAGAGAACUGACCUUUGUUUCCGUACGCUGUGCGAUUUUUCUCACGUGAAAGACAGAUGGCGGCGAUAUCUUAAAACUCCCGAGUCAUUCAGUGUGAGGAGCUCAUGCCUCCGCCUCACUCUAGGGGGCAGUGCUGAGCACACUGUUACCUAAAAACUCCACAUUUAAGUAUUUAUUUCUGACUUAUAUAGUUUUGUUUUUUCAAUUGCAUGAGUUAAUGGGCAUUGGAUAUCAUCACAACCACUGCGGGUUUAAAGGAGGUACAAAGGUCGUUUCACACAAUCGGGAGUCAAGCUACUUUUUAAAUUUACGCUUCUCUAUUGGCUUUAUUUAUUUACAGAUGCGACUGCGACAGAGUCAGUACUUCACCACACGUCGCACAGCGCGACAGCUGGCAGUCAGAUCGGACUGCUGAACUCGCACAGCGCUAAAGCUUCAUCUUCUGUGUUUUCAAUGGUUUCACUACUUUCUGUGUGUCACAUAUCCACGCAGGGUCGGCCGGUUUAUAAGCUAGAGCGAGGCGGUGGUCUCACGCCAUGAAAAUUCCAGCUCACGGUGAAAGUUUUAGGCGGAUUUAGAUUUUUUUUUUUUUUUUUUUUUUUUUAAAGCACUGCAAAAAGGAAAAAAAAAAAAACUGUGUUGCUGGGACUGAUUUUGAUCUGCGAACAGUGAACCAAACUUGGUCUCCAGUGCCUUGUGAAAGAAAAAAAAACAAAACAUCUGUUUGUGAUACCCACAAAACUCAGUGUGAAAGAGCUACGGCGGCAGGUUGUGUUUACAGGUUGUGGCUGUAUUUAUCCUGUUCUUCAUCAUCAUCAUCAUCAUCAUCGUAACCCUACGCUAUCGUCGUUUGUCUCCACUGGUUGAUGAAACCAUUUGAAUCAAACUGGGAUGCAUUAGAAGGUAGACUAAGAGUAGAUCUUGUCAUUUAUAUGCAUAUUUUCUAGAAUUUCACAUUUCGUCAUUUAUUUAAAUGAUCCAACAAAUCUUUCGUUUAUUUUUUUUUUAUUAUUAUUAUUAUUCUAGACGGGUCAUUUGGAGUUAAACCCUUUAAAUCAUAGUUUUAUGGUAAGCUUGAAUUUGUUUGCUGUGUUUCUGUUGUUUUAGCCGGAUUUGUAUGUUUAAAUCUUCACUCACCGCUCUCCACUGACGUAAAUGCAGCACAUUUCACAACCUUUAACACUUCCUGCCCUAUAUUAUUUUUGAUAGCAUUGUAAUUUUUCAUUCAUAUAUAUAUAUAUAUAUAUAUAUAUAUAUAUAUAUAUAUAUACAAUUAUAUAAAUAUAUAUAUAUGUAUAUAUAUAUAUAUAUAUAUCAGAUUUGAUGCAUCUGUCCUUUUUUGUAGCGUGACCUUUUUGCAAGACAUUUCCUAGCCGAACUGAGACUGGAGCGUUUUCUGAUAAUUAUUUAAAAAAAAAUUUAAAAAAAAAAGAGGAAUAUUGUACUGUAGCUGCAACUUGUGAAUUCAGAGCACCCCUUUAAA